GGAAGGAUAACGGGGUUAUCAGGUUGGCUACGGUGAUAUGUACGGCAACUAGUUACAUGUUUGUAGUAUGCUUCUUCAAGUUUGUGUAUCUCAAAAUACAAAUUUUAGUGCAAAGACAUGACUAUUUGUUCCUCUGUCUGUAGUGAAAAGCAUUCAGCCCAACCAAAAUUUGGGGAAAAGAUGGAGGUGGGCAAAGAGGCCAGAAUUAACAUUGAAGUCAAUGUGGAAAUUAAUGGUGGUCUGCCUCCAUAAAGGAGCAUGUGGAGUGAUUCGGAAACAGAAACCACCAAGAGCAAAUAUGUGCGAGGGCGUUGUUUACUAUGAAUGUCACGUGACCUAGUAUAUUUUCGGUUAAUUGAUGGAGAUAACACCAUACGUAGAAGAAAGGAGGAUAUAGCGGUAUAAAUCAUACUGAAGUGUAUCAUUAGGGAUAACAAAAUGGAGUAUAUUUAUGGUAUAAACGACCAGAUUAUCCAGACGACAGAUUCGCGUGUAAAAAACUGGUUAUUCAUGGAAUCAGUUUUUCCAACUUUAUCAAUAUUAACAACGUAUUACUUCUGCAUAAUCUAUGGACCCAAGUUUAUGGAAAAUAGAAAACCAUUUAAUUUAAAGGCUGUAUUAUUAUUGUAUAAUAUAGCAAUGAUUAUCCUCUCUACAUAUUUAUUCUUUGAACUUUUAAUAGUAUCUAUACAGGGAGGUUAUAAUUUAGACUGCCAAUUACCAGAUUAUUCCGAUAAUCCCUUUGCUAUACGGAUGGCUCGGGGACAUUGGCUGUAUUUUAUAACCAAAUUAAUAGAAUUACUAGAUACGAUUUUUUUUGUUCUGAGAAAGAAGAAUAAUCAAAUAUCAACAUUACAUGUAUUUCACCAUUUAAUUAUGCCAUUUAGUUGGCAUUUUAUUGUGAGAUAUUUGGGUGGUGGUAGUGUAUUUUUCUUACCAAUGAUAAACAGUUUUGUACACAUAUUAAUGUAUGGAUAUUAUUGCUUGUCUGCUCUGGGCCCUGCGAUUCAGCCAUACCUAUGGUGGAAAAAAUAUUUAACAAAAAUACAAAUGACCCAGUUUGCUAUGAUUAUUAUACACACGGGCUAUAAUUUGCUUCGCCCAAGUUGCAGAUUCCCUAAAUUUGUAAUGGUUUACUGCAUCAUUAUCACGAGCAUUGUGGCAGUCUUGUUUGGAAACUUUUACUAUCAAAACUAUAUAAAAAACAACAGCAAACGUAACGCUAACAAUAAUAAUAAUACUAAGAGUAAAAAAAGACAAUAGGUUUUUUUUAGGUGAUCUGUUUUUAAAUAGCCUAGGCAAUUGUGGUAUAAGACUUUGGAUUGUGAUCCAUUUUUGUUUUCGUCCUGUUGUACCCACGCGAAUCAAUAUUAACUUCUGUUUUCUAUGACAACAGCAUUUUAUAAAUCAACAACUUUGUCUGUCUGAGCUUCUAAAAACAACAAUCCGUGCGAUUUAACAACUUUUCGGGUUGCUUUUAUUCUGUUCUUUAGCAGGUUUUACGAAGUAAAAACUUGCAUGUUUAGUUAGAUCCAAAAUACGGUCAGUAGAUCCCGAGUUUAUGCAAAAAGUAGAAAAAGUACGGAACUACAUGCGGUAAUCUGAACCGAGAACCGUUACAAUCAACUAAAUUAAAAAUAAAAUCGCCGAGUUUUGAUAAAUUUCGUAACUAAGUAAUUUUAAGCUCAAACGCGUAAAGAAAAUUUUUUUUCAUGGCUUCAUUGAUAAAUAAGUGAAUAAAUAUUGUCAUGUGAAUGUCUAUUAUGGGUGAUUGUUUGCUUCCUGCAGUGCACGAGCAAGUACGUGACUGAAUAGUUUUCAUUCUAGAGAUGCAUCAUUCUCACAAGUAGCUUCAGUUUUUUCAGCACAAAUAUUUGAGGCAGGAAACCACCCUACCUAUUACAGUUUACGUUCUAUAUCGAUAAAGAGCCGAUGUACAGUGCUAGAGAAUACGUUUGUAGUCUUGUUCCCGAUUUUGUUUAUUAUAAUUUAUUUUAUGUUCAACUUCUGAUAACUGAAUUAAUGUGACUUAUUUUAUGGAAGAGUAUCUCUGCCAAUAUAAAAUACUCUUCUAAAAUGUCUUUUCGAUUGAUUAGAAUAUGUAAACAGUACACUGUACAAAGUUUUAAUACCCCUAUGGCCGAAUGGUUAGCACAUACGCGGUGUAUCAUAAGGUCUAUCAUUGAGUCUACUGGUGGGGUUUCGAAUCCUCGGUUGUACGUGACAAGGAGUAGGGUCGCCUGUCCAACCUCGUGGAUUUUCUCCGGGUCCUCUUGUUUCAUUCCACUGCUAAAGACCCCUACGCGCAAGCGAAUUAUUGAAAUAAAAUUAAACUAUGUGUUAGUCCCGAAAUGACCUAGUUUGUGUUGAGUGGACGUUAAACCCCAUUUCUCUCUCUUUCUUUGCCCUUCACGCUUUCUACAUAGCAUCUUACGCACAGCACUAUCUUUGAUAUUAUGCAAAUGUAUGAUUUCACGUGACUUAUUAACAUAAACGGAAACGACGCCGAGAUAAACCUGGAACAAUCUAAGCCAGUAUACUAUAAGGGUAUUCACCACACAAUAAGAGGAAAUCAAACUGGCACACUAUAAGAAAUUUGCUGGAUGACCGCGAUUGCAACGAAAUUUCGUGAUUGGUAUGGCUAAUCCGAGCCUUCGACAAAUAAGAUAAAUUGAAAGUAUAGUUUAUUUUUAGCAAUUAGGUUAAUGUUUGACAACGACACAUUUAUUUCGACAAAACAGCGAGGAUUUUUCUCCCUCUUCUAAAGCACAUAAUCAUGAUUGUGCCAGGAAAUAACUGAUAGAUUUAAAAAAAAAAAAGAGCAUACUUUCCAGUGAUGUAUAACACGAUAACUGAAAUUUCGUAUUACUUUGACAUUUUAAGAACUCGCUAACGCCCACCCCUCCCCCUUCUCUCUCUUCUCUCUCUAUACAUUUCUAAUGUAGAUAUACGGAAUUUUGGAUUAAGAUCUUCAUCUUCAGUCCCCCUCACCGCUACAUUCAACUUCAACUUCAGUCUCUGUAUGAAAAUAUUAUUUGCACGUAAUCAUGAAUGUGCCAGGAAAUAACUGAUACAUUAAAAAAAAAAAGAAUACUUUCCAGUGAUGUAUACCACGAUAACUGGAAUUUCGUAUUAUUUUGACAUUCUUAACUCUCACCCCCCCCCCCCCACACACACACACACACACACACACACCCACACACACUCGCCACACGGAAUUCUGGAUUAAGCUCCGCAUCUUUAGUCCCCCCCCCCCACUUCCACCAUAAGGCGAAUUUCGUAUUAUUUUUUUUGAAAUUAUAAACACAAUGGCCACCGGUAUUAGGACUUUUACAUUGUACUAUUUACAUGUAAUCGAAAAUACAUUUUAUAUUAUCAGCGACACCUUUCCAUGUUAUUUAUGAAUGUGAUGUAUGAAUGAAUACAGCAUGGAAUUGACAUUUCAUGGAUUCUUUUUCGUGACAUGUUUGUGUCCAGUAAUAUACGGGUUAGUUCCUUUGAAGAUUGAAAUUAUAUGCCGUCGGUUCACAGCAGCCAUAAUUUCUAGCGUGAAGUUUUGCUACAUGCCCCCCCCCCCCCAACUACAACCAGUAUAAAAUACAUGAGCAUAUUUUAAAACAAAUUAAGCUUAGUUCCAAACAAAAUUUUUGCACCAACUCGAUUUAGGGCCAGAAGAUAAUCGUCAUAAUUGUUAAAGAUACUUUCCCACAAAAGUAUAUAUCGGGUGGUUAUUUCCAAUAAAAGUGUUUCAAUUUUGGUAUAGGCUUAUAUGGAAAGUAGAAACAUCCAAUCUUACUAGAAAAAUACUGGAUUCCCUGAAAAACACCCAUGGUGCGCAUACAGUACAAAAAUGUAAGGGUUUCCGUAACCGGCAACCCGACGAUUAGGGAUGUCUGCUCGAGUGACGUCAGAGUUUGCACGCGAAGAUUGUCUAAUCUUGAUGUAUAUGUUGAUAAACGUGAUGGUGAGCUUAAACGUAAAACAGUUUCUGAGAUAAAAAUCACGGAAAAAGACGUGGGCAGUUGAUAAUCAGAGAAUUAAUUAGGCUUCGAUAUAUAUAUUUUUUUUAAGCAAUAUUUCAGAUUUGUAUCUGAAUAGGGAUUGGGGAACAGGCAUAGCCUAUGUAUUUACAUUUUAGAAAUAAAUAAUCAAUGUACACGUGAAA